CAAACACCAAGCCAAGAUCAUAUACUCCAAAGUUCCCAGUCACAAGAAAAGAAAUCUGCAUUAAGAAGCAACAAAAAUGGAAGGCAAGUUAUACGACAAUGGAUCAAAGACAUCUCACGUCCUCGCCUUCCAUUCAAAAGUCCAGUGGAAAUCCCACUUUGAAGCCUCCAAGCAAACUGACAAACUGUUGGUGAUUGAUUUCACGGCAACAUGGUGUGGACCAUGUCGAUUCAUCGAGCCAGCCUUCAAAGAGUUCUCUGCCAAAUACACGGAUGUGGAGUUCGUCAAGAUUGAUGUGGACGAAUUGGAGUCGGUGGCUCGGGAAUACGCAGUGGAUGCAAUGCCAACAUUCAUACUGAUCAAGAAUGGGAACGCGGUUGACAAGGUGGUUGGAGCUACGAAGGAAGAGCUGCGUAGGAAGAUUGAGAAACACAGGACAUAAGAAUAAUACCAAUCAUGGAGCAUCAUCCAUCCUGCCGCCUAGGCACUCCAAUAUGGUCUGAUAUGGCCACCUGAAUAAAACUGACGCCAAAUAAUAACCAAUAAUUGUAGUAUAUCUAAAUAAGAGGCGUGUCUUUCUUACCAUGUUUAUGUAAAAUGCGUGAGCAUCUUUGCUGAUUUCAUUUAUAAAACCUGAUUAAAGGAAUAUUAAUCAUCAGAAAUAUGUCACUGUAGU